AUGCUUUUCUUUUUUCUUGUCUCUGUAGUUGCAGAUAACGUAGAAAUACCAAGACACUCGUUUGAUACGCUUAAGGUUGGAAAUGCAUACAUAUCCUCUUCACAAAACGGUACUUCGCCUACUUGGAAUUCAAUUAAAAUAUCUUUUCCUGGAUACUACAGGUAUGAUAUUAAAGAGAAUGAGCCUCGAAAACUCGAGCUAGUUGACUCCACUCAGUACUUUGGAGAGAAAGAGGAAAUGCAGUUCCGGGUGGAUUUUGAAACAAAGUAUUGUGGGCUGAUACCCGAUGCAUGGGCUAUGAUUACCUCUCUGACGGUCUUUUCAAUUAUAAUGUUUGUCAUGCCUUUGAAAAGCAUAUAA